AUGGCCGACGCCAACCCCCCCGCGAACCCUCCUGCCGAGGGCGACCCUGCCAACCUUGAGGACGCCCAGCUCGACGGCGCCGACUCAGGCCUCGUCGAGAACAGCUACGACGUCGACAUCAAAUUGGGUGAUCUUCAACAGAAUCCCGAUAGCACUCUUUACUCAGCAAAGACCUUCAAGGAGAUGAAUCUCUCCGAGCCUAUCCUCAAAGGUCUCCUCAACCUGAACUACUUCAAGCCUUCGAAGAUCCAGGAGAAGGCCCUUCCUCUCAUGCUCCAAAACCCUCCUCGUCACAUGAUCGCGCAAUCUCAGUCGGGAACCGGCAAGACUGCUGCCUUUGUCGUCACCAUUUUGUCUCGCAUCGACUUGAGUCAACCCAACCAGCCUCAGGCCCUUGUUCUAGCGCCCAGCCGUGAGCUUGCUCGCCAGAUCGAAGGUGUGAUAAACAAGAUCGGAAACUUUUGUGAGGGUCUCAAGGUUGCUGCUGCUCUCCCAGGCGCUCUGGAGCGUGGCGCUCCUGUCCAGGCCAAUGUUAUCGUGGGCACGCCCGGUACCGUCAUGGACAUUACUCGCCGCCGGCAACUCGACGUCUCCCAGCUUCGUCUCCUCGUCAUUGACGAGGCCGACAGCAUGCUGGACCAGCAAGGCCUCGGUGAUCAGUGUGUCCGAGUCAAGAGUACUCUACCCCGUAACAUUCAGAUCCUCCUGUUCUCUGCGACGUUCCCCGACAAGGUUAUGGGCUUUGCCGAAAAGUUUGCCCAGGGCGCUGAUCAGAUCCGACUCAAGCACACGGAGCUUACAGUGUCUGGCAUCUCGCAAAUGUACAUCGACUGUGACAGUGAAGAUUCAAAAUACGAGAAUCUUGUCAAACUCUACGGCCUCAUGACUAUCGGCUCCUCGGUCAUCUUCGUCAGGACUCGCGAGAGCGCCAACGAAAUCCAGAAGCGCAUGGAGGCAGAUGGUCACCGAGUAGCGGCACUGCAUGGCGCUUUCGAUGGUAACGAUCGCGAUCGACUUUUGGAGGAGUUCCGAAGCGGCCGUUCCAAGGUUUUGCUCACAACCAACGUGCUGGCCCGAGGUAUCGACGUUUCUAGUGUCUCGAUGGUGAUCAACUACGACAUCCCCAUGAAGGGACGAGGCGAUACCGAGCCUGACCCGGAGACGUAUCUUCACCGAAUUGGCCGAACCGGCCGGUUCGGUCGCAUCGGCGUCAGUAUCAGCUUUGUCUCGGACAAGAAGAGCUUCCAGGCUCUGUCGGCAAUUGCUGAGCUGUAUCAAAUCGAUCUCGUCCAGCUCGACACGUCUGAUUGGGACUCUGCCGAAGAAGCCGUGCAAAAGGUCAUCAAAUCCAACCGUGCCAAGGCUGCGUUUGCUCCGAGUGCCACAGAUGCUGCCAAAGCAGCUGCUGCCAGCGAAGCGGCUCCAAGCGCCGAGCCCACUGCGACGACGCCCGCAUAG